AUGUCAAAUUUUGCAUUGAAUAGCUUUGCAAACGAAAAUGACAUAGGCUUAGAAUUUGUUAAAAAUUAUAAGCAAGAAUCCUGCUUAAUCAAAUCUAUAUUCGAAUUUUAUCGACUUGCUUAUUACCAAGAGGAACCUGAAGAAAUCUCAAUAAUCACACAAAAAAUACACAAAAUUUUUUUAACUACAAUUUGAUGCAUUCAAAUUUCAAGCUUACUAUGAAUUCCUCAUCUUCCAAUUGGCAAAUGGGAUGAUAAUAAAACAAUCUGAGAAUUUUUUGGGUAUUUAAGACUGGAUAAUGCAUGCUUCUCAAUAAACAGUUAAUUUUUAUAAGACUAUAAGCGGAGAGGCAUUUAGCCUGCCUAUCUGGCAUAAGCUUAUAAGGCUAUAAGCGGAGAGCCAUUUAGUCUGCCUAUCUGACAUAAGCUUAUAAGACUAUAAGCGGAUAGACCUUUAGCCUGCCUAUCUGGCAUAAGCCUACCUAGCCUAAAGAUUAACUCUAAGUUAGAGUCAUCUCCGCAAGACCGGAUAAGCAAAGACUAAGUAAGGCGAAGCCUGUCUGGCCAAUCUUGCAGUAUAGGGAAAACUUUUGGGGGAGAACCAAAAAUUCCCUCUUAGCUUCAUCGGGGCAUAUCCUACCUGCUUGCGUCGACUUAGCAUUUUAUUUCCCUACUCCUCAACAGGAAUUAUUAAUUUUUGCAUUUAUAUAUCCCUCUCAACAGUUUGAUUAACUGCUAUCUUAAUUGUUAUAUUUGUGAUUUUAAUUCACAAGCUUAUAGAAUUUCCAAAAAUUUUUGUCAGUGUAAUAAAAAAAAUCCUUUAUAUUUUGUCAAAUUAUUUACUAAUCCCAACAGUCACUCUACUUUGUGUAUGUUUAAAACAUAAUUUUUCCCCUGAUAAUGCAGCUUUAGAAUAUAAAGAUAAAGAUUCGGCAGAGGAUUUAAAAGUGCCCAUUGAGAUACAAAUCUGAAUAAUUUUUACUUUGAUUAUUUAUUAUAUUAUGAUAAUAAUGAAUGUAGUUUUCUCAAGCGAAAUAAGGCACUCUAUGUGAAAAAUGAAAUUAAAAUCAAAAGCACAUUCAAAUUUAGAAAUAAAUUCUGCAACUUUUUCAUUUUUAGCACCAAUAAUUUAUUCAUUACCGCAGAAAAUAAUAUUGUGUACUUUCAAGUUAUUUUUAUGAUUAUUUCUGGAGUUUUGGCUUUAG